AAUUUCAAUAGUAUGGUUGUGUAAGUUUCAUUAUGAUUGGUUCAAAUUUUGUUCUAAUAAUGCAUAAAUUAAGAAGUAUAUUUAUAAUCAUCAAAACAGACAGAUUAAAGGCAAACUAUUUUUGAUUUUAACAAUAAAGUAAUCGAAUCAUCUGUAUAUAUUCAAAAUUUAAACAUAAUAACCGAAACAUGAUUGAUGUUAUUAUACUUGAGGCACUUUCAUUUCUUGGCGGAAUUAAAAUUUUAGACAUAUUUACAAGUGGCAUUGCUGACUAUUUAUGGCGCCGGGAAGUCAAGAAAUAUUUAAAAGAAAUAAAAGACAAAUUAGAUGGUCUUGCGCAGGUAGAUCUUCUUUCGAGUAUAGACUCUUUGGAAGAAGGAAUUAUUGAACUUUUUCGGUGGUUUGACAAAGUGACAAGUUUUGAAUCGAGAGAACGUACAGAAGCAAAUAAUGACGACAUUUCAACGGCAAUGUCCAGUUCCAUUGUGCGUAAAGCUUGGAGAGCAAUGGAACAAUUCAUUCAAGAAAAUGAAAAUUUAGAGACUGGGUCAAUUAACUUUGAAAAUGCAAAGAAAGAAUUUUACACAUCCCGGUCAAAAGCAACGGAUGCGUUCAACAACAAAAAUUUAAGCUUUGAGAACAGAUUAUUGGCUGUAAAAGUGAAGAUCGUUGCAAAAAUUUUGGAGUGCCUUAAUUGCCCAGAGGAAGCCAUUGAUUUCUGUACACAGUAUAUGAAAAAGCUACAUCAACUGGAAGAAGUUCGUAAAAAGUUCUCACUUCACAUCAAGGGUGGCUGGAAAGCAAAAUUGAGCAAUAUAACAGACGACAGAAUGAAAAUUAUAAAACCAGUGAUGCUCCUCAACCGUCAAUUGUAUGACUUCAUUGCGAGUAUCAAAGACUAUAAUAGUCAUGUAUUGGGUUGGCCAACUAUUGAACUUGGAGAAGGACAGUCGUUUAACCCCAUAUUGACUGGCGAAAGAUCUCCACCACAAAUUCUUGGGCCAGAUGAUAAAUUACAAAAGCGGGGUUUUAAACUUGAUGAACUUCAAUAUGAAUAUCCAGAUCAUGACGAAACGUACAUCAGUGCUUUAUCAGUUGAUCAAGAAGAUAACGUGUACGUAAUACGAAUGGUUGUUUAUUUUGAUGAAGAAAGAGUUGAUAAGUCUUUUCAUAUUUUUGAUAAAGACCUAUCCAUGAAACAUAAAGUGGACAUUCAGCCUAGUCUGGACACUCGGGGUUGUAUGUACCCUGACUAUAGGGAACGUGUUAAUCAUUGUUUGAAAAUCUUUCACAACAAUGUUGUGCUGCUCGAAGUACUAAAGAAGCCUAAUACUAGUAAGUCAUGUGAAGUGGUUAUUUAUGACAAGAACGGAGUAUUUCGCAAGCGGUUUAUUCCACAAUCUCAUGUGAACGCAAUGGCUAUUUCUAACAAAAAUGAAAUCCUUCUCGCUGGAGCUGAGAAGAAGACGUUCACGCAAAAGGCGGCCGUAUAG